UAAAAGAGUAUCUUAUUAACUUUGACGGAGUAGCCUUAAAAAUACAUAUAAAGUAGCAACAACAAAUACUGUCUCAAGUCUCAAUCUUGUGCUUUUUAACCAAACAAACAGAGCCACCACCCGAUUUUUUUAUGUCGUGACUCGAUUCUUUGUUGUUUUAUUUGUCUGUCAAGGCCCAUAUUAUCUCACCUUUCAUUUUGGGAGGUUCUUAUUUAGUUUCAUUUCAUGCCCUUCCACUAUCUCUUCUAGUCCCUUUAGAACCCUCUUUCUUAUCUUCUUUCCCUUGAAGCCGCCAUCUGCAUUGCCUUUCCCUUUCUCUUCCUUGUUAUCUCUGUUGGGUUUUUUCUUUUUCUUUUUUUAUGUUUAUCCGUUUGUUAAAAAAAAAGUGAUACAAACAAGAUGAAGAAUGGAACCUUGCAUCAAUGCUUGGAGAAGAUGGGGGGAAAUUUAUAGCAGGCAAAAGUCCAAUCUCUUCCCAUUUCUCAUUUUUCUAGAGGUUCCUUCAACAAUCAAUCAUUCUUUGAACCAGUUGCUCCAUUGUAUUCCUAGUCAACACCAUCAUGGUUACCAAGAUGAAAGGGAUCUACAAAAGUUUCAAAUUCAUUUCCCAAAUCUUUGUUGUGAAGGAACGAGAGAUGGAAAUUGGGUAUCCGACAGAUGUUAAACAUGUGACUCACAUUGGUUGGGAUGGCUCUUCUGGCACUGCACCCAGUUGGAUGAAUGAAUUCAAGACAGACCCUGAUUUCACAGCAACAUCAAUUGGUAACUCCAGAGAUUCUAAUCCUACAUGGUCUUCUCAAGAUUUUGAGCAAUCAAUGGGAUGCCAACCUGCAACGGAGAUGAUGACAAACCUCUCUUGCACGGAUCUCCCAGAUAUUCCUAAGAAACAAAAGCGAAAAAAGAAGACGUCUUCAUCCUCAAAAUCUUCACGAACAUCAAAGACCAGGGCUGCAUAUACUCAAAUGGGUUCCUCCACACAACUUCAAAUAUAAAGAGAGAUCUGCAUGUAAUAAGAUUUUUGUGGCUUUUACCUUCCUUUCAGUGGUCAUUAAGACCAGAAAGAAGUGCAGGAAUUUGGACCAAAAAGCUUGUGUAAAUUAGAAAAACAUAUUUAUUUUACAAAACGGUAAAAGUAAAUUAGCUUUGGGUGAUAACUUGGACACAAAAUGAAUGAUCCAGAUGGGCUGGUAGUUUGUAUUGGGUUGUGUUUGGUGGAAAGUUUUGCUAAUUCAUAUUAUUGGCUCCACCAAGUUUGUAAAGGAUUCUAAUUUUUUCGUGUUGUUAUGGAUGAAAUGAUAGUUUAUUUUUA